AUGAGCAACUCAGCGGGCAUGGAUUUGCAACGUGUUCCUCUGCCGAAGCCAUCGCUGCUGGAAUUUGCAAGACGUAUCCCCAAGGUCGAGCUUCAUGCACAUCUUCACGGAUGCAUUAGGCCGGCGACAGUACGGGAUCUCGCCUCAGCUCGUGGCAUCAUUCUGUCGCCUGAGCAGCAACGGGUGCUAGCUCCGGGCGGUGAGCGGAGCCUGUCUGACUGCUUCAAGAUAUUCGACACAAUUCACACCGUAGUCUCCGACCUGCCGGCUGUCCGAAGGAUCACGCUUGAAGCGUUGCAAGACAUGCAACGCGAUAACGUGCGGUACGCCGAGCUCCGAACCACCCCUCGCCCGCUGGCAGACGGCACGAGCCGACGGGACUACAUUGAAAAUGUUCUCCAAGUCUUUCAGGAGUUCGAAGCCAGCCAGGCAACGAAAGCAAUCCCCAGUUUAUUGGGGAAUACCGGCAGGAUCCCGGAAUCUGGCAACCUCACCGACGAAUCGUUGGUAGCUGGGACGCUAACCCCGCGGCUGCUGCUCAGCGUGGACAGAACGAAAAGUGUGGAGGAGGCCAUGGAGGUUGCCAAGCUUGCCGUCGAGCUGCGGGGGGAAGAAGAGUGGAGACCAUACGUGCUUGGAAUGGACUUCAGCGGUAACCCUACCAAGGGAUCAUUCAAAGAGUUCAGGCUGGCCUUUGAGUCGGCUCGAAGCAAUGGGCUGAAAGUGACAGUGCACUGCGGAGAAGUUCCCAACGACACCGACUUUCUCGAGGUGAUCGCCUUCCGUCCGGAGCGGCUGGGACACGCGGUGGUUCUCGGAGAAGAGGUGCGGCAGAUGCUGCUGUCUCUAGUGCCGCGGAUACCUAUCGAGGUGUGCCCGACCUCGAACCUCCUCACCCUGGCCCUCUCCCACCACGGAGAGCACCCUACUGUGCAAGGAUGGAUCGAAGCAGGCUACCCGUUCGGCGUCAACACCGACGACUCCGGGGUGUUCGACACGGAUCUGGCGACCGAGUUUGCUCACCUCGCCACCUCCAAUGACUUGGAUGAGGAGGGCAUCGCGUGCUUGGCAUGUCGAGCGGUCCAGGACAUUUUUGACGACGGUCUACGUCCGUCUCUCGCCGAGUCUUUCCGAAGAGAGUGCGACGUCCUCCUGGCCUCAUCUUCAUCUUUCGGUGAAGACGUACAGAAAGUACAGUAGCUGCAAGAAAAUGACGCAGGCCAUGCACAUGCGUCCCCGCUAGGCCUUCGCAAGCGCGAAAUCAGUCUCACGUGCGAUGGCCAUGGCCAGUGUUCAGCUCUUCCUGUGGAACCCUACCGCAGUGCGUGUGCCCAUGCGAAACGGACGCGUGCGUACAGCAUUAGUUUUACGAGGCCGCCGGAGAGUUCCGGGAAUACGGUACUACGCGCAAUACACCAAAGAAUGAGCGGUGCUACUGUACGUGCUAUUCGAACAGACGGCG